GGAAGAUGCCUGUGGGAUAUCCGAUCAGGUUGUCCCAACUCUGUGAAUCAGAUGGACAGCAUUGAUCACCUGAUUGGAACAGUUACAAACAGGUCCUUUGAACUGCUUGGCGUCACAGAGGAGCUGGAUAAAAUGAAUGGAACCAUUGAGAACACUAAAACAUACACGGACACACUGCAGAUAACCGUACCGAAUCUAGCGGAGAAACGGAUCCAGGUGGAGAAAUGGGUAGAAGCGGAGAAACAGAUGGACGAAGAGGAACGAAUGGAGAAGGAGGAAAGGAUAAAGGAGGAAAAACGCAUAGAGGCGGAUAGAAGGAUGGAGGAGGAGAACAGGAUGCAGGAGGAGAAAAAGAUACAGGAGGAGAAAAAGAUACAGGAGGAGAAAAAGAUACAGGAGGAGAAAAAGAUACAGGAAGAGAAAAAGAUACAGGAGGAGAAAAGGAUGGAAGAGAAAAGGAUGGAAGAGGAGAAAAAGAUGGAGGAGAAGAAAAGGAGGGAACAGGAAAGGAUGGAGGAGGAGAAAAAGAUGGAGGAGAAGAAAAGGAGGGAACAGGAAAGGAUAGAGGAGGAGAAAAAGAUGGAGGAGAAGAAAAGGAUGGAGCAGGAAAGGAUGGAGGAGGAAAAAAUGAUGGCGGAAAAAAGGAUGGAGGAGAAAAGGAUGGAGGAAAAGAACAGGACGGAAGAAAAAAGGACGGAGGAGGAGAAACGUAUAGAAGUUGAGAAACAGAUGGAGAAAGAGGAAAGAAUAGAGGAAGAGGAAAGAAUGGAAAUGGAAAAAACUAAAGACCCAGUGCAGAAAUUGCUAAGCCAGCAGCACUCAAACAUAAAUAAAAGCAACAUGGAGAAAACCACAGAGAUGGACGAAAAUGACAAUAAUAAUGAGAAACAAACAUUGGAGGCAGAGCUCCAGAAAUGCAUCGAAGAUCUGAAAAACUUUAAAAUACCCCCAAAGUUUGCAAAGAAGCAAAGGCACUGGCAAAAUGAAUUGCUGAAGAAAUACAACAUGUGAGUCUCUCAGAGAACAGCCAGUAGCAUAAUAACCUAAAAAGUGUAAAUCAUUUAUACGGACAGACUCUAUGGGUCCUGUUGGUAAGCGAAAGGUGGUAAUCUGGACAUCACAACUAUGGAAUAGAAACCGUCUUUCAGAGUGUCUGGACACUUUAUAUUGGCAUUCAUUGGGAAAAAUGGGCAACUGUUUUAAUAUUUCAAAGUGCUCAACACUUCUUUCAAAAAAUACUACACACUUUGAUGUAUACUGAACUUUACAUUAGAUCCAGGUAGUCUGCACUUUCAGCUAUUCCUCACAAGUACUCCCAGUUUAACUCUUUAACUUCUUUAAUGACACAGAUUUUGGAUGAACGAACUACUUGACAAUCAGCUGUACUGUUAAAAACAGUUGUAAAGUCCGCAAGCUGAGGAGUGCGGCUUGACUCUCAAAAUUCAGUUGAAUAUUUUGAAGUGUACAGCAUACACCGGCGGGAAAUGGACAUUUACAGUUUCCCCCAGAACAAAUGAUACACACUGACACAAUAGGGUAUGAUUCGCGGCUUGUGUUAACUGACAAGGAACGGGAUAAGAAACACUAUAACUGUUACUCCUAAGUACUUACAGAGUUACUGUAGUUUUUUCACAGAGUAAAAUCUCGCAACUGUGUAUUGUGUAGCCAAUGUGGCAGUCAAUUUGCGC